AUGAAUGGACUAAGCUUUGGCGAAUUGUGCUGCCUCUUCUGUUGUCCUCCUUUUCCGGGACGAAUAGCUGCCAAACUUGCCUUCCUUCCGCCGGAACCCACCUACAAUCUUACAGCUGUUGAUGAAUCCAAGGCAAAGUACUUGCUCAGCUUCAACGAACGCGCCGAAUGGCCGUAUUCGGAAAGGGAAAAGGAAAACGUAGAAGGAUUCUUCACACGAACGUCACGCGGUAACAAGCUAUCUUGCAUUUAUGUAAAAUGUACUCCAACGGCCAAGUACACGCUGCUCUUUUCCCACGGCAACGCCGUGGAUCUCGGACAGAUGAGCAGCUUCUAUUUGGGGCUUGGUCUGCGAAUGAAUUGCAAUAUCUUUAGCUACGACUAUUCGGGGUAUGGAAUGAGCGGCGGCAAGCCAUCGGAGAAAAAUUUGUACGCGGACAUCGACGCAGCAUGGCACUCGUUGCGAACGCGUUUCGGUGUAAGCCCAGAAAACAUCAUACUUUACGGACAAAGUAUUGGAACCGUACCAACGGUGGAUUUGGCGGCCCGCUACGAAGUUGGAGCUGUGAUUUUGCACUCUCCCCUAAUGUCGGGAAUGCGGGUGGCCUUCCCGAACACGAAACGAACAUGGUUUUUCGAUGUUUUCCCAAGCAUUGACAAAGUGUCGAAGAUAUCUUCUCCGGUGCUAGUGAUUCACGGGACUGAGGAUGAAGUUAUAGAUUUCUCCCACGGUUUGAGCAUUUACGAGAAGUGUCCGAAGGCCGUGGAACCACUAUGGGUUGAGGGUGCUGGACACAACGAUGUGGAGCUGUAUAACCAAUAUCUGGAUCGGCUGAAAAAGUUUAUCGGAAUCGAAUUGGGUAACUGACAGUUAAAGAGUGCCCCGUCCGGUCAGCCCAGUUCCUCUACUGCAAUAGUCAAAAGUCCACAACGAUCGACGAAGACAUCUUUGACAAAUCCAACAUCAAAGCACAACGCAAACGAGGAGCCAACAGCCUGUAAUAGCUCGGCAAAGGCAAGUGGCGUCGCGGCUGGGAGCGGUUCAAUCAGAAACGGAAGUGAAAAACUGUUAUAGCACUCGUUGGCUGGGCCCAGCGGUGGCAACUCGCAACACAGUUGCAACUGUGGCAAAACAGCAGGACGCUCGAAGGGCGGCAACCCUCAUCACAGCCACAGUCAUCAUCAAGCGCAUUCCACCAUA